AAAACAUUUAUUCAAAAUGGAGCUUAAACUUGGUGAUGAUGAUGACAAUAAUGAUGAAGUCUUCACUGUUGAUAACAUCUUUACAUUAGGAGCAAUGCCUAUCUAUAUUGAAGAAUUUAAUGCUCCGAAACAAAUAAAAGUCGAAGAACCUAAAAAGGGACCUCCUAAGAAAUAAAGACAGUGACGAAUCAGUUGAUAAGCCUAAAAAGAAAACUUUGAACGAGUUAAUGGAAGAAGGAAAGAAAGAAAUUUCUAGACUCAGACAAAUUGAUAAAUAAGCUUCUUUAUCCAGAUACUGAUGAUCUCAAUGAAGUUCUUAUGAAUGCUAUUAAAGAAAUGCAAGAGCAAAAAGACAAAGAUUUUGAUGAAGAAGAUAAGGAUAAAGAUAAGAUUAGCGACACCAACUCAGAGGCAAGUCAAGUUCAUAAUAACAACAUUUUGAGUGCGAACAAAGUAAUCAAACCCAAAGACAAGAAAAAGAAGUCUAAAAAGUCUAGACCAAACUAUUUCAGUAAGAACGACAAGCUUUAUCAAGAAGAAGUGGCUGAAGUAGAGAGAAUCAACAAAGCACUAUGAAAUAAUGACAUCCAUCUUGACAUGAAAGUUAUACGUAGAGCUGUUCUGAUGUAUAUGAAUGAUGCUUAGAAAUAUUCAAAUA